AUGAAAAAUGUGAACUACAAAUACUCUGCUAUCACGCGUGAAGGCGAUGAAUUUGUCGAAAAGUGUCUUCCGUGUGGGACACUUAUAGUGACAGAAGAUAACGCCAUUUCAACACUCACAAAAUUUGAAGAUAAAGAAGUUGAACAAAUUCUGGUCACGAUUUCCUUCAACGACUCGUUUAAAGGCAAACAGCUCUUUUUUAAUACCCGUACAAAAAAGGUCGAAACAACUCGAUUGGAUGAUAAGAGUGUUGAAUUGAUCAUUGAAAGGGGGACAGACAACGGCGACAUCAUUAGUCUUGAAUUUGAAAACACAAAUUAUCUCUUCCUCAUCACCGUCGAGUCAUCGGAGACAUAUGUCGUGUGCAACAAAGUCCUCUACACGUCUGUCUUUACACAACGGGAUGGGAAUUACCAAAUCACACUCCCAACUGGUGAAACAAAGAACUUUCAUUAUGACAAUGCUACUGAAGACUCACUUGUUGUCUUUAAGGGAUGUGGGCAGUACGACAAGACUAAGCAGAAAACAGGCGAUUUACAUGUGACGUUUUUAGUCUAUCGACACUUACAAAUAUUCAAUACACUAACUGAGUAUUACAGUUAUGCCGAAAUGCGUGCCAAGAAGGAAAUUACCAAAAGAAGUCCUCCCGUGUAUGUGAAGCUCCCAACCCAAUUUCGAGCAACAACAUUUCCUGUUCUUCUUGAAGAGCAAAUAGUCGACACAAAUAACGUCAGUAUACCACUUAAAAAGGUCUUUCUCAUUCCACAAACGCAUGACGGCGCAAUUAUAUGUUACAUGAGUGACAAUGAAAAGAAAGGGGACACACUCUUUGGGGUUUGA